ACAACACGUCAAAGCAAAAAAUCUCUACCGUGUCGACACGAUCAACGUUCGUUUUAUUAUACUGUUCUGGGAUGCUUCCGGGUUAAAUUUAAUUUGUUUAUUUUUUUCUACAAAUAAAAAAAAACAACCCCUGUGUAACGGUCUUGAGAAGUGUAGGUACUUUAAAUAUAAAAAAAAGCUGUGACCACUUUGGAGCACAUUGAUAUAGCUCUUUCUCGCUAAUAUUUUUCUACCUAUUAAAUGAAUUCGCCUGCGAUUAUCCAAUUUAGUGAAUAUUAGUAGAAUAAUUUUUUGUUUUCUGAUUUAUUCACCCUCUUAUAGACUACCCCAUCCCACACACUGUCACUCUCUCUCUCUCUCUCUCUUUCUCUCUCUGAAGCAUUAAAUGAAAUAAAGAAAAAAAUAAAACCGAAUGAAUCGUCACCAACUUCAAAGCCGGUCCAGUGUUCUGUGAUUCCGAAUUCCGAUCCGACGUAGGCAGUCAGUUGUCAGUAGGUUCUCAGUCGCUAACAUGGUUUAAUCGAAUCUUAGAGAUACUAUAUUUGCAUGCAAAAUUAUUCGGAUGCUUUGUUCAAUGCGUUGUCGUUGUUGGUUGGAUUUCGCGUAGUUUAGCUUCGAGUAUCUUCAGACUUUCUCGUUUUGACGUAUUUUGUUCAUUUUAUUUUUGCGAAAGUUUGCGAAAGUGUGAGUGUCUCGUGCGAACUACAUUUCGGAUUGCCAUUCAUUCAUAGAAGCUAUUGGGACAUAAGCGCUUCUCAUUCCAGGACACUCCGUCAGUGUACUUUCAGACGCGAACUCAGCAGAUUCCAAGGUAUCCGCCGAAAGUGUAUCUUUCCGAACGACUUUUAUUUGAUUUUUGUUCCGUGCAAUUUCUCUUGAAGAUUAAUUUCGCGAGAUUAUCCCCAGCUUAGUCCCGUCGUUCGAAGUUGAAGACGGACAAAAAUAGGCUAACCUUUGUUUACCUAUUUGCGUUAUAAAAAAAGCUGUUAGAAGAAAGAUUGUAUCAUUUAGGGUAUUUGCAAAGUUCGUGAGUUGCAUUUUUUUUUUUGUGUGUGCCAAAAUAAUUAUUGGUUGAUUUCUGUGUAACGUUUGUUUGCCAAAAGCUUGUGUGUAUAUUUUUGUUGGGUUUGUGUUAAAUCUACUUGAGUUACUCAAGUUAAAGCGAGUACGUGUUGAAUUUUAAUUUAAUUCUCAAGGAGAAGUCGUCCUUGGCUAAAAGAGGAGGCUUUUCAGGUUAACAAAUACCUACUAAAAAAAAAAAUAAAACCCCACUGCCACUAUUAUACUGAGUAUAUCGAGGAUGGAAUGACGAUGAGCUAAAGAGCAUCAAAGUAUCGAAUAAAACAACCAAACCCAAUGAAGUUGAAAAAGAGCAAAACUUAAGCAUCACUUUUUUGAACCCGAAUUAUUUUUUUUUUAUAAAAAAAAAAACACAUUAAAAAUGGAUCUCAGAAACACAACUGAGAUGAGUGUGUCAACAGACACCUACAUCCAAGGUUGCAAGUCAACGGAUUUGAUUCGCCCAAAGGAUUCAACUGGACACCACGGCAAGUCUGAAGAAUUCAAAGUCUACAAAAGACGAUGGGCCGUCUUAAUCCUCUUUUCAUUCUACUCUGCCUCAAAUGCCAUGCAAUGGAUCCAGUACAGUAUAAUUAACAAUAUUGUCACAAAAUACUAUGGCGUUAGUGAUAAAUGGGUCGAUUGGACGUCCAUGAUAUACAUGAUUCUGUAUAUUCCUUUGAUUUUCCCUGGAAGUUGGUUCCUUGAUAAAAUGGGUCUGCGAAUAACAGCUUUGGUCGGUGUGUGUGGCACUUGCAUAGGAGCAUGGAUAAAAGUCUUCUCCGUGGAUCCGGAGUUGUUUUAUGUUAGUUUUAUCGGACAAGCAGUUGUGGCUUUUGCACAGGUUUGCAUCUUGUCACUUCCGGCCAGGGUGGCUGCUGUCUGGUUUGGACCAGAUCAAGUAUCUUCAGCGUGUAGUGUCGGUGUCUUUGGCAAUCAGCUUGGAAUUGCCGUCGGUUUUGUCCUACCACCAAUGCUUGUCUCCAAUUCGGACAACCUUGAUGAAAUUGGUGCCGAUCUAAAAUUAAUGUUCUACUUGGUUGCAGGACUAACAACGGUGCUCGUAGUUCUAAUGGUUUUGUUUUUCCAAGAUAGACCACCAACGCCACCAUCAGCCGCCCAAGAGGCAACUCAACCUAACGCAGAUGGGGAAUCAACAUUUAUACAGUCGCUGAAGAAUCUCGUCCUGAAUAAAAAUUAUAUUUUACUAUUGACGUCGUAUGGCAUGAAUGUCGGUGUAUUCUAUGCCAUCUCCACCCUACUCAAUCCGGUGGUGUUGAAAUACUAUCCUGGACAUGAGGUUGACACCGGACGCAUCGGAUUGUGUAUUGUGUUGGCUGGUAUGCUGGGAUCUGUUGUGUGUGGAAUCGUUUUAGAUAAAACCCAUCGAUUUAAGGAAACAACUUUAGCAGUUUAUGCCUUUUCUAUGGUGGGGAUGUGGGUGUUCUCUUUCACAUUGGAUACCGGGCACAUUGCUGUUGUUUAUGUAACAGCAUCGUUAUUGGGAUUCUUUAUGACAGGAUAUCUUCCAGUGGGCUUUGAAUUUGGUGCCGAAUUAACGUAUCCCGAACCAGAGGGUACAUCAGCUGGUUUAUUGAACGCAGCUGCCCAAGUCUUUGGUAUCGCCUUUACAAUGUUGUAUUCUGAAUUGUUAAGCAGUUAUGGUGAUGUACAGGCAAAUGUAACAAUGGCAGUUAUGAUGUGCGUUGGUACAGUUGUAACAGCUUUAAUCGGUUCGGAUUUGAAGAGACAAGCUGCCCAAGGUCCUGGUGCAAUGGCAAAUCCUUAGGAAAGAGAAGAUUUUGUUUAAAAGACAACAAAGCUUUUGGGGCUCAGCUUCUUUGCUAUUUUUUAAACAAAAUCGUUUGCCGUAAUAUAAUAUUUUUUGCUUAGCGAAAAGAAAAAAAUCUAUUAUUAUUAUUUU